AUGGAAAAUGGACGCGUUGGCUCGCCUGUGGUUUUGCCAAUAAAGCUCACGCCCUCCCAGGUACGUCCUGUUGCCUAUAGAAUAAUGUCCAAAAAGCAUGGGCUUAAUCUCAAGUCUGCAGCGCUAGAUGUCCUGGCCUCUUUCCUGGGUAAUCAGUUUGGCGCAGAUUGGCGGGGGGCUAAAGCUGAGCGGUUUAUGGAUGAUCUAGCCAAGCUUUGGAAAGAUGAUGACCGUGGAGUCUUUGUGGAUGGUGAGCCUCUAUCUCGACUCAUCGCCAAUCUGGUCAAUGCCCAGCUAUCACAGGCCAAUAGCGAAACUUCAGAACGUAGGUUCAACUUCAAAGAUUACUUUAAAGUUGUCAACGCUCAAAGCCAGAGACAAAUCUCUUACAACCACAUCAAAAAGCAUUUCGAGCUUUCUCAAGGAGGUGCCCCAGGUCGUGUUUUAGGACCCCCUAAUGCGUUGGUUCAUAUCUUCCCUACCCGCUUCCAUCUUUUGAGUGAUAGAAUUCACCGCAACGAUCAGUUCCAGGCCCGAUCGUACCAAAACAAUGAAGAGUCCUUUGUGAUCACAAAAAUCAAAAACUUGUUAGGCCGUGAAAAACAAGAGUUUUUCCUUUUCGGCCACCUGCUGAAAAACGAAGACGAGUGGUGGCUUUUGGACAAUAGCGGCAAGAUCCGCCUCGAGUUUACACCAGAAUCGACUUACGCUCCAGGCCAUUAUUUUACCGACGGCAGCUUUGUUUUGUGCUAUGGUGUUCCUCUCGGUGAUUACUUUCAAGUUGGAACUCUCGGCCCUCCAACGGUUGAGCGUCGUGAGCAGACCAAGGAUGCAUAUGGCAAUAUAGAUUUCUAUGGUAUCACAUCCUCGAUUUCUUCACGGUUGGAAAGAAUUGAUCCAGAUUUGGAGGAGAUAUUGGUUGCAGAAGAGCAGCGGCUCGAUCAUCGCAUAAUUCUUUUGGGCGGGGACGUCUAUCUUGAUAGACGUGGUACUCUGGACAGUCUUCGCAAUGUGCUACGCGAAAUUUCGAAAAAUCCACCGCUGAUUCUCGUUAUCCCCGGAAGCUUUUGCUCCAAGCCUUUCCAAAUAGGUGACACAAGCUCAUACAGAGAGGCGAUGAAUGCUUUUGCAAAUAUUCUCCAGGGCCUACCAGACCUCACUUCGAAAACUAAAAUAAUAAUGGUCCCGGGGGAAAACGAUCCAUGGCAAGCGAUGUCGUCGAAGGGAGGAACACAGGUCUGGCCAUUGGAGCCCAUCCCCAAGCUCUUUACGGGCCGAGUAGAAAGAGCAGCGCCUGAUAUUGUUUUUGCAAGUAACCCGUGUCGUAUCUGCUACUUAUCCCAGGAGAUUGUGAUCUCCAGGGACAAUUUUGGGCAAAUGUUGCGUCACAACAGCUUGCCGUCAGCUCUCACCGCAUCGUUAGACACCACCAACGGGCAUCAUGUUGAAGAGACAGUUGUCGAAAGGGGUGAAAUACUAGAUCUUGAUGAGGAUAUGUCGUCGCAGCGGGCCCUAAUGCAAAUGCAAAGCGAAAACGAUAUUUUGCCCCGACAUGUGGACAGUGUUGAUUCCGAUGAAUCUGAAGUUCGUAAGGUGAUUGCAACAAUCCUUGACCAGUGCCACUUAUCGCCUUUCUCUCUGUCCGUGAGACCUGUGGUCUGGGAAUAUGACAUGUCGCUGUCUUUGAUUCAAUGGCCAAGCUCUUUAAUAUUGAUUGACUCGACCACACCUCGAUUCAAAAAUACGUACGAGGGUUGUCAAGUUUCUAACCCAGGCUCCUUCAUUCAAAACAAUAAAGGACAAUGGUUGGAUAUCAAGCUUGGUAGAGGUCAGUCUGAACUCAUGUCUCUAACUGUGUGA